AUAAAGUGACAUCACUGCCCUUUUGAAGUAAAUUUCGGUACUUGGCUCCAUUGGGUGAAAACCGGGAGUCCGAUGAGCAUUUUGGUAGCUUGAACCGUUUUGUUUCUGAAUUGCUACGUUAGGAUCUGGUCAACAUCCUUAACGGUGAAUCGCGAGGGUGAAGCAGUGGGUUGAUAUAAAGGCUUUUUUUGUUGUUGUUGCAUGUUUGUAUAUUUUAAGCGAUUUGCACAAGAAGCCACACGCCUCCCGUAUCACCUUGUCUCCGGUGUGAAGUCGUGGAUUGUCCGCUUUUCCAGACUGAAGCAGAAGAGUGAAAACCAGGCGCUGUUUUACAAUCAUCUUAAGGGUGACUGGAAGUUCUGCUCCACGACCAGCUGCUACUUCAGCUACAGGAAGAACAGUAACUGGUACAUCUACAUCUACUUCUGCAGUUCCUAGAACAAACCGCACUGCUACUAAACCCCUUGUUACAGCAUCAGCUGCUCGGAAAGAUGUUGGAAAAACAAGCACUACGGCACCUGCGAAAAAAACUGUUCCCGCAACAAUAUCCCGAUCUGCUGCCAGCAAGCCUUCAAAUUCAGAGGCUCCAAAACCAGCUGCAGCUACCAAACGACCUCCACCUAGCAUCAAAGCACCUCAACCCAAACCAGAUGACAAAAAAAGUGUACCAACACGUAAGGUGCCUUCUAGUUCACGAAACAACCCCUCACUGCCAGCAUCAGGCAAAAACAUUCCAGCAUCUCCCGGUCACAAACAACCAGGUAGCAUGGUCAGUGCGAAGCUUCAGCCAGCUAAACCAUCACAGUCUGUCAAUGGAAAGCCAGCAUGAAAAAGAACCUGCAACAAAACCUGAUGAUAAAGAACCUACAACAAAACCUGAUGUUAAAGAACCUGCAGCAGAACCUGUUCAACUUUUGGCAGCUGCAGUAGCUACUGUAGCUGUAGCAACAGCUGCAGCCAUAGCAAGGGAAGAGUCUGUUUCAGGGCCUGAAGCUACUCCAACUGUAGAGAGUUCUCUGGAUGUACCAGCCUCUUCUUUAGAUGUUCAGGAAAUGGUAGAUGUGCAGGUCACUAAUGUCAGCUCUCAAUGUGUGCUGGAUAUUUCUAACAUGGAGCCAGAGUCUCAAAAGGCCUUAAUAGAAGCUGGUUCUGUUGAAGUGGCUUGUCCGACAUCAUCUGUAGCCGAUCAGGAAUCUGAAGAGCUGGUAUCUGGAAAAGUUGAUGAAAAGCUGAUUGUGGCAGAGGCACCUGCUGCUCAGGAAGCAACUGAGCAAGAAAGCUUAACUGCUUCACAAUUUGAUAACUCUGCAGCUACCAUAGUGUCCUCUGGUGUAGAGGUAGCUGAAAAAGCUGAACGGAUUAACAGUGACUGUUAUGAAGAUGUGGAAGAAGAAGAGAGAGAAGGCAGUCAACAAGUUUUCUCUGUCAGAAAUGAGUGGCACCCAGCCUACGGAAGAGUCUCGACCUGGGUCAGCUGGGCUUGCCGGCUCCAUUUGGCGGGCAGGGGCCUUGCUUUCUGAGCUUGACUCUGAGGAUGUGAGUUGUAGCCAGCAGGGAGCAUCAGAGCUAAGUGCUCCAGGCGUCCUGGAGGGCACGGAGAGCAUGGAUGAUCUAGGGGAUGCAAGCCUUAAAGGAGCUGAUGGCGAAGGUGCAUCUGUUGGGUCCCCUGACUUUGAGAAGGUUUCUGAUAUUCUUACUAACGAAGAUGAAGAUGACGAAGACGAUGAUGACAGAGUCUGUGACAUGGAGGUUGGGUCUGAAAGAGCAGAAGACUCUCAUAGGCAGCAUCAUGACAACGAGGAUGAUGAAGAGGAUGAAGAUGUGGAAAAUGGCAAGCGAGGGCAUUACUGAGAGUGGGCUUGAAAGUUAUGGGAAUGCAGAUGAGGAUGACUUGACCGAAGACUAUAGAUUAGACAACUUGAACCGAAUCCAGCCUCCUCCUGUGGUCCCUUCUGCCCCUCCAGCAUUCCAGUGGAACCAGCCUAGUUGCUUUGCUGAUGCCUGGGCCCAGCCACCACAACCCUGCCUCUACACUUCUUUCAAGUCCUUCCUCUGAAUGUUGGCAAGCAGACCCAGAAACCCCAACACAGACACCUGCUCAAGCAAGACUUGAUGUUAGCUCUGAAAGGGGCUCUCCAUCAAACCUUUUGGAGCCUCCACCUUGCACACCUCAACAAGCCCCAAUAUCUGCUGCAGAGGGGAAUGUUAGCCCCAAACCAGGCUUGACACCCUCUCAAACCUGCAAGUUCCAGCCUGAUACUUCCAGUGACCCUGACCAAGCAUCUGACAGUAACAGAGACAUAAGGUUACCAGAAGAGGUGAAAGACAACGACUUAUCGGCAACUGAGACUCAUUCUAAAGUGGACCUCCAGCCAGAACCACUAAACCCUGUCCCCACUGUCUUGCCAGACAUCAUGCAGGAUCUAGGCAUCCACCUUGAACGUGCUGAGAAGGAAAAGGUACCUGAAACUCUGCCGGCUGAUGAUGUACUGGGUGGUCCAGCAACUGCUCUGUCAUCUCCUUCAUCAGCUACUGAGGAUGAGGCAAGUGACACAGAAGGUGAAAUGCAGAUCAGUGACCCUCAAGCUGAGCUGUCUGGCACUGGGAAUGCCGAUGGAACAGCACCUGCGGGCCGCAACUUGUCAACUCUAGAGGAAUGUGAAGAAAUGAGUGGGGAGAAUGGUGGUGGUGGUAGUGAGACCCCUCAGUCUGCCACUUCUGCUGCAUCCUAUGGCUUUGACUACAUGACCUCUAACUCCAAUGCCCAGUCAUCUGCCGAGAGUUGCAGCAAGAGUCCUGGCAUCUUUCUCUAGAAAAUGAAGAGCAGCUCCCAGAUG